CUUAAAUAUAGCAUUUUAAUAAAAUUUAAUAAAAAAUUGAUACUAGCAAUACAUUUAUAAAUGUUUAUAUAAUCUAAUGUUUUUUGUUUAUUUAAAGAAUGAAACAAGAAAAUGUUCCAAGUGCAGCAAUAUCUCAAUCACCAGCAUCAGUUGAUCUUUCAAAUCAAUUUGCUUCACCACUUGCAAGUGUAACUCCUCAAAUUACUCCAGUACUUCUUCCACCAACUGUUUCUUUACCACCAAUAGCAAUGAAUAAUCAUUCAGGAUUAUUAUUUGAAUCAGACGCUUAUAAAGCUAAAAAGAAAGAUGAUUAUAGAGAUGAUUUAAAACAACAGAUUGAAGAAAAGAAGCGUCGCAUUGAAGAAGAAAAAGCAAGACAACGAGAAGAAGAAGAAAGAUUAGCACAACGAAUUGAAGAACAAAGACUUCUCAUGCUACAAGAAUAUGAAAUAGAAAGACAGAAAAAGAUUCAAAAAGAAGAAGAAUUAAGGAAGAAACAAGAAAGACUUUGGCAGAUCCAAGAACAACAAAAAAAAGAAGCUGAGGAAGCAAGAAAAUUAGCUUAUCAGAAAAAGUUAGAAGCAGCAGAGAAAAUGAAAAUGAUGACCAAUUUAACUUCAGUUUCACCAAAUGUUCAACCACCAAAAAUGCCACCAAAAAUUGAAGCUCCACCUCCAGCACCUCAAAGACCUCCAUCACCACCAGAUCCAAGAAAACAAGUACUUAAUCAAUUAACUCAAAUUAGACAACAGAUUCAUGAAGAAAAGAAACAAAAAUUAGAAAAAUUAGAACAAAAAAAAUUGUAUCAUGUUUUGGAUAGACCUAAAUUAUCAUCAUCAUCAGAUUCUAAUAAUUCAGAUAUAGAUGUAAUAAAUUAAUUCAGGUUAUGAAAAUAUUAUAAUUCAAGUCCUCCAAUGAAAAUAUGCUUCCGUCAGUUGAUAAAUGUCAGAGUUAAAACUAUUAGGAUAAAGAAAAUGUUUUAAGAAUAAUAGAAUAGUAAUUUGAAGUUUUUGUAAGCAUGAUGUGGAAACUAUAAUUAAAUUAGAGUUAAAUAAUUGUGAAAUUUUAACAAAUAAUAACUGUGAUUCAUGGAAUAAAUGUUUGUGAGUUAAAAUAGAUAUAAUAUUUAUUUUAGAUUAAUGGAGAAAAGAAUGUCAUAAUAGUUAGUUAUUUUUGUUAUUUAAUAAUAAUAAAUGUUUUUGUAUCCAAUGUAAUA